CCAAAAUGGUUGCCCCCGAGAAGAAAAGGUCACGCACAUGAGAAGAGAGGUUUUCUCGACCAGCUACAGUUCCGUUGGGUGAUUCCUAUGAACGGAAUAUGUCACAGUAGUCUCUGACAUAGAGAACAAUAUGUCUAAGGGCCUAAUCAACUUGUCAAAGUCCUUGGCCAGAUUGAGCCUCCAGGGUCCUUCCAACACGUUAGUACAAUGUACCAGAGCUUUGAACUGCAGCAGUCUUCAGCAUGUACUUGAACUCCAAGUCCGUGGGAAGGCAAAGUGCCCAGCUUUGACUGUGGACAGUUCACGGUAUAUGAUAUGCACUCCUCCUGGAGUAGGACUAGUGGUACAAACAUCAGGACUGUACACGACUGGCGCGGCACCUCAUGACAACAGGUUUAAGGAUGGAUUCACAAAGUUCAAGGACCAUCCCAUCUACAAGAAAGGUGUCUACACACUAAAGCCUAUCCCAUUCCCAAAGAGUGGUGGAAGAGACCCCAAGACAGGAAGAAUUGUCAUCCAUGGCAUUGGAGGUGGACACAAGCACCACUACAGGAUGGUGGAUUUCAAGCGGAUUGGUCCAGAGAAAGGCCCUCCAAAAACAGAAAAGGUGGUCGCUGUUAGGUACGAUCCCAACCGUUCGGCCAGAAUCGCGAUCGUUGCAGGAGAGGCCCACAAGCGCUACAUCCUGGCCACCAGGAACAUGCAGGCUGGCAACCUUAUCAGGACAUACGGAGAGAUUCCCAGAAUGCCUGUGUUGGCAGAAGAAGGUGAUGCCCACCCAGUAGGAGCCCUCCCCACAGGAACCCUGGUACAUAACGUGGAGGUGGAGCCACACUUUGGAGGCACUCUUGUACGUGCAGCUGGCACCACGGCUCAGGUACUCAGGAAGGCUGCAGGACAGGUAAUUCUGCAGCUGCCCUCCAAGCAUCAGAUCUCCAUUGAUGAGCGCUGCAUGGUGACAGUUGGUCAGGUGUCCAACCAUGAACACAACCAGCGAAUGAUCGGGAAAGCCGGGCGCAACCGUUGGCUGGGAAAACGUCCCAGCAGCGGUCUGUGGAAGAGGAAGGGGGGCUGGGCAGGCCGGAAGAUCAGGCCGUUACCUCCGAUUAAGGUGUACCUGGCUUCUGACAAGGUGGAGGAAAAGAAAACCUAGCUUGACAAGAUUCAUGUAACUUUAUGAUUGUAGUAUACUGCUUGGGAGACAAUUUAUCAAACAAGUGUCAUAAUGGUAAUUCACAACAAUCAUUAUUCUAUAUGAAAAUAUUCUGAUUUCAAUACCUACAUACUACAUAUACUAUUAACUUUUAUGAUCCUGUAAAAUUCAAUAUGUAUUAACUUCAUGCUGUACAUGUACACUGAUGGGGAUUUUUGCAUUGAACCAGUAAUAAAAAUGGAGACUGACAAAAAGAGCCU